AAGUUUUAUGCUUUAACCCAGAUAAAAAUAUAUUGCAAACAGUGGUAUUUAAAAACUAAUUGAAGUUAUGGAACAAAGAGAUGAGAAGCCUGUUAUUACUCCACAAGAAGAAGUGUCAGUUUCCACAACUAAUCCAGUUUUGAUAAAUGCAGCAAAAAGAAAUGGUCAAGUCCACCUAAAUGCAUCAGGGGACAACAGAUCAGUAAUGCUGUUACAACAACCACAGUUGGUUUCUGUAAAUGCAGGCACAACCCAACCUCCAGUGAUCAAUACAGGAAUUGAUAGUUCGGCUCCCACACGCUCAAUGCAUUCCACUGGUGUAUCAACGUCUGUUGCAGACUAUGUUAUCCCAGGAGCAAGUAUGUUGCCAUCUGGAAGCAGUUUUGUUCACGUGCCCAUGAUGAGUCACCAGGAAACUGCUGAAACAGAAAUCGAUGGAUCGUAUGAUGAGCCUGUGAGAGAUAAAGAUGAACUAAGGGAACAGGACCGAUUCUUACCGAUAGCAAACGUUUCACGAAUUAUGAAGAAAGCCAUUCCAGAAACAGGCAAGAUCGCAAAAGAUGCAAAAGAAUGUGUUCAAGAAUGUGUUUCAGAGUUCAUCAGCUUCAUCACCAGCGAAGCUAGCGAGAGAUGUCAACAGGAAAAGCGUAAAACAAUCAAUGGCGAAGAUAUAUUAUUUGCGAUGACUACGCUUGGUUUUGACAAUUAUAUUGAACCACUAAAAGUGUAUCUUACAAAGUAUCGAGAGACAAUAAAAGGUGACAAAAUUUUGAACGCCACUGAAUAUAACGGUAUGGAGGUAGAAGACGGUACGAGUCACAUGCAACAUACCAUACAAUAUCAAGUUGCUGGAAACACGUUGCACCCGAGUAUGGUGAGCAGUGAUGGAACGUUUGCGUACACCCAAGCACAAGUAUCUCAGUUACCCCAAGGAAUGCAUUUUUCUACGUGAUCGAACUGAAAUUGUUGGAAUGCAAUCGUGCUAUCUUGGACAUGUUUCUCGAAGAGAAGGUAUCCGAUAAAAUGCGUCUGUUGUCACGUGUAUAACAAAGAUAUUUUCUGCAUCGAUUUGUCAGAUAGGAGUUUCAAGAUAACAAAACCUUAUUUAUUUUUGCGUGGUAAAUUUUUAGUUUGUAAAUAGUAAUUCAAUUAAAGAAAAGAUGUUAUUGAAUCUGA